UAGGAAUCACCCGCGCUCUCUCCUUUUCCUUUAACCUGAGGCUCGUUCGUCGGGAUUUUUUUUCUGGGUUUGGUUAAUGAUUUCCUGUUUCGUUGGUGCGUUCUCCUUUCGCUCUUUCAAAUGGCUUCAGCCAAAUCCAGAAAAACUCCAACUGAAUAUCUACUUUUCUAAACGGAAAAUACUCAAUUUGAUUUGAACAAUGCCUUCUUUGGACUCGGUUUCUUCAUGCGUCUUAAAGCGGGGGAUUUUUGAGCUGUUAACCUCCCUCCGAAAUUCUCACGUCGUCUCUGAUUCUUAUAAAAUUCAACUUCAAAGCUUGGAAUUUGAGUUUGUUGAAAUUGGGUGUUCUUGAAGGAUUCGGUAGUCGGAGAAAGAGGUGUUGUAACACCGAAGAUGGAUUUGGAAGCAGGAGCUGUGGAUUCCAAGAUGAAGGGUGUUGGAAAAGUUAGCAGUAAUGAUAAGAUGUUCAGAGCUGAUAAAAUUGAUCUCAAAAGCUUGGAUGCACAGCUUGACAAGCACUUAAGCAGGGUUUGGUCCAGGGACAUUGAGUCCAAAAGGCCUAAAGAAGAGUGGGAGAUUUAUUUGGCCAAACUGAAUCUGCGAUAUGUUGUAGCUCAUGGAGCCUAUGGUACUGUUUACAGAGGCACCUAUGAUAACCAAGAUGUUGCAGUGAAAGUUUUGGACUGGGGUGAGGAUGGUGUGGCCACAGCUGCUGAAACUGCUGCUUUACGUGCAUCAUUUCGGCAGGAGGUUGCUGUUUGGCACAAACUUGACCAUCCAAACGUUACAAAAUUUGUUGGAGCUUCAAUGGGAACCUUAAAUCUUAAGAUUCCCACAAAGAACUCUUCAACUGAUGGUCAAGAUUCCCUUCCUUCUAGGGCAUGUUGUGUUGUUGUUGAGUAUAUCCCUUGUGGGACACUAAAGCAACUAUUGUUCAAACAGAGGCACAAGAAACUUGCUUUCAAGGUUGUGAUUAAGCUGGCUUUAGAUCUCGCUAAGGGCCUUAGCUACCUACAUUCAAAGAAGAUUGUACAUCGAGAUGUCAAAGCAGAGAAUAUGUUGUUAGAUCGCCAAGGAAACUUGAAAAUAGCUGAUUUUGGAGUCGCACGAAUUGAAGCACAAAAUCCAAGUGACAUGACUGGUGAAACUGGAACCCUUGGAUAUAUGGCACCCGAGGUUCUGGAUGGUAAGCCUUACAACAGAAGAUGUGAUGUGUACAGCUUUGGCAUUUGCUUGUGGGAAAUAUAUUGCUGUGAUAUUCCUUAUCCAGAUCUUAGCUUUGCUGAUGUGUCAUUGGCAGUUGUCCGUCAGAAUUUGCGACCGGAAAUCCCACGAUGUUGUCCCACAUCUUUGGCUAACAUCAUGAGGAAGUGUUGGGAUGGGAACCCAGACAAGCGUCCAGAAAUGGGCGAGGUGGUUAGUUUGUUGGAAGCCAUAGAUACAAGCAGAGGGGGAGGAAUGAUACCAGAAGAUGCCACACCCACCUGCUUCUGUUUUGCUCCAUCUCGUGGUCCCUAACUCUUCAAGUCCUUGUGGAAGGUAAACUAUAUAUUGGUCAGGGGAAGAUAAAGAGAGUUGCAGAUGGUAAAUCUUGUUUUAUGGUUUGCCAGGGCAUACCCCAACUGGAUUUCCUGGUUGGUGGUAGAAGAGUUGAAAGAUCAUGAAGAAAGAAAAAGGGAAAUAAUGUUUGAAACAUUUGUGUUUUGGUUAAAUGAGAAGCAGAGAUUGGUGCUGUAACCAUUUUUUGUUGGUGCACUUAAUAAAAUUUUCAAAUAUGAAAUUAUUUUGAUUCA